UUUGAGAAAAAAUUAAAAAAUUGAAAAUACUAUUUUAAUGCAUUUUUGCAUUUUUCACUAACAUAUGAUGAAUGUCAAAGAGGUUUGAAGUUUUUGUUUCUCCGUUUCUCUAGAAAAUAGCGAUUUUAUAUUGUUUAGUCCACCAAUUUAGAUAGUAUUAUGAAGUGUUACUAAAUUAAUUGACAAAAAAUUAAAACGAUGUUCAUGUACCAUGAAAGAUAGUGUAAUAUACAUUAGUACAAAUGUUGAAUGUGUUUAGAAAUUUCAAAACAACACUAAAGAUCAUAGACUUCAGUAUAUAGAGCAUUUACCAAAAAAUUCAAUAUUUUCGUAGGCUUUAACACAUAGAUUUUGAGAAAAAAAUCAAAAAUAUGAAAAAAUUGUUUUAAUACAUAGUUGCAUCUUUCACUAACAUAUGGUGAAUGUCAAAGAUGUUUGGAACUUUUGUUGUAUCCGUUUCCCUAGAAAAUAUCGAUUUUAUAGUGGUUAUUCCGACAAUUUAUGGAGUAUUAUGAAGUUUUACUAAAUUAAUUGACAAAAAAUUAAAAUGAUGCCCAUGUUCUAUGAAAGAGAGUUUAAUAUACAUUAAUACAAAUGUAGAAUGUGUUUAGAAAUUUUUAAACAACACUAAAGAUCAUAAGCUUCAGUAUAUAGAGCAUUUAGCUAUGUUAUUAUGAAAAUCAACACUAAAAUAACUAACUAUUCAAUUUUCUAUCUUUACUUUUUUCUUGAAGAAUUAUUAGAUAGUAACCAUUUAUAAAUAUCAUUUCAUUCACCACAAAAUAAAAUCAUAUAUAAUAUAGCUUAUAUCAUUUACCUAUGUUGUUAUAAAAAUCAAGAAAUAUUGUUAUAUACUUCGUUAUAUAACUAUAACAUAUAUAUAGAAUAAAGUAUGAAUUAAUUUAUCAAACCAAAAUUACAAAUUUAUCAUUUAUUAGUACAUCUUUGUAUAUAUAUUAAUCGCAAUUAAUUAUCUAAAGAUUCCUCCUCUGGUUAUUUACUUAUUUAUAUAAAACCAUCUGUUAGUGAACUAAAAACAAAGAAGACCAGCCUUGGGUUCUUUGAAGCUGGACUUCUUAAGAUCUCUUAACUUAAAUCUAACCUGACAAGAAAAAGUAGUAAUUUUUGUUAAUCAAGAAAAAAAUAGGUUACUGACAAACGACCAACCAACUGACUAGAAAAAAUUAGUAUGUAGCCAAAGUUGAAUGUAUGCACAAGAAGAAGACAAAGAUGAACAUGACUUACAAGAGUCAGUGACCAGUAUGUAGCCAAAGUUGAAUGGAUGCAUAACAAGAAGACAAAGAGGAACAUGAGUUACAAGAGUCACUGGCCAUUACCUGAUGAUUAAUUCAUGUUAGAAACAAACAGAUCAGACUACGUGACCCAUGUUCUUCUCACAUGUUCCCACGUCGUUUAACCCGAGAAUUCCUCUGUUCUUGAGCUUCUCCACUAUAUAUAGUAACGGUCAAGAACCUAUAGAGCAUCUCAACCAAAAUAUAGUGUUCUCUUAAAUAAUUAUUCAUGGAGGGUUUAGAUUCAGUUUUUCUGUCUGAUCGAACCACACACCAGCCGGUUCGAUCUGUGAGUCUUCCUACAAGAAUCCAUCCACUCUCUUUUAAACUCAGAGCAGCCUUGUACCGGCUCAGUAUCUGGAAGAGAUCCUCUUCCUCAAUCUCAGUUUCAGCUUCUUUCGGGUCCGAGACGCUUCUCGUUGGACUAGUGAACCUCACCGAGCUCUACGGUUGCGUCCACGAGCUACUUGAGUCUCCUUACGUGAGACACACUCUACGUCACCACCAGAAGGGGAAACUUCUAGAUGAGUCUUUAAAUGUAUCCGUCGUGUUGCUGGACGUGUGUGAGGCUGCAAGGGAGGUGGUUGCCACGAUGAGAGAGCACAUGAUGAAUCUCAAAUCAGCUCUGCGUAGGAAAGGUAGCGUAGAGAAGGAGGUUAGGGCAUAUGUUAACGUGAGGAAGAAGGCAAAGAAAGAAAUCUCCAAACACCUCAAUGGACUUAAGAAAAUGGAAACUAGAGAUAUUUCCACAAAUAUAGAUCAAGAUCCAGCGGUAGCAUCUACGAGUGUUCUGAGAGAGACGAUCGAAAUCUCUGUCUCGAUCCUCAGGCAUCUUUUGUUGUUCCUAUCGACAACACCACCACCACCUCCAGCAAGGAAAAUCAAGAACAUCAUUGGUCUUUUUCCGAUUCCUUUAGCAUCGAGGUCAUUGGCAGAUAGAUAUCUGGAUCUGAUAAAAGAAGCGAAAAAUCUUGAUGAUGUCUUUUUAGGUUCUCUUGAGAAGAACAAGAGGAGAGAUAUCGUUGAAGAGAGCUUUGGUGAUCUGGAGGCAGAGCUGGACUCAGUUUUCAAGUGUUUAGUCAAGAACAGAGUACUGUUCCUUAAUAUCCUAAGUAACUGUUGAGACCUGAGUCUUUUUUUUUCCUCCGAGCUUUUCUUUUUGUCAAUCAGAUGUAUACAUCUUUGUCCUCAAGUUGUUUCUCUUGCAAGAAAAAGAAAACAAGAUCUCAGUUUUGCACUAGUGUAAACCGAUUUUUGUAUCAUCUAGACCUCAUGUUUGUAGUACUAAUGUAAAAUAACAAAUUAAACUCAAAUUAUAUAAUAAAAUAUUGAUGUUAAGUUUAAGGAUUAUUUUGGGCAUCUAUAAUAUUAUUUGUGAAGUUAUUUUUUCAACAACAAAGAUAUCAUCUAGUUAAUGUUAAUUUGGGUAUUGUGGUUUGGGUGUCUACAUGUGUGACUAAUUAAUGUUUUACCAAUUUUUUUAAAUGGUCGAUAGACUGGUGAUUUGCAUAGGAAAUACUUCUUUCAAACUUUUAAAACGAUGUGCAUAAAGUUGACAAAUUUUAUAUAUCAAAAUAUAAGAGUAAGAUUACAUUAGCUACUAGCUAGAGUGACGAGAUUCAGUGUUCAUCAAUCAUCACAGCUUAAUUGUUUGUAGAAUAGCAUUUUCUGAAACACACAACUCUACUUUAGACACUUAUUAUUUUAUUUCUUCGAGCUAGCUCUUAUCCGAAUGAUAAUUGGUGUAGGAAUCUGAUAAAGUUAAAGCAAGAUCAUUGGCAACUUUCUUUUGUUCUUUUGUAACCGAUUUUCAUAACAUACUUUCUUCUAGCUAGUUCUUAUCCGAUUGAUAAUUGGUGUAAGAUUCGUACAAGUUUAGCAAGAUCAUUAGCAAUGACGUGGGACAUGCAAGUACUCUCUUUAUCUAUUUCGUGAAGGAAUAUGUGUUUUAGAUCUUUAUAUAUUAAUAAGAACAUUAGCAUUGCGUGAUGGAACAUGGAAUAAUUGGUGCCCACACACCUAAAAGCAAAACACAGUUCAACUAAAAAUGUUAGGCUUUUUACACGUGUACCUGGCGCAAGGGACAAUAUACGUGGGGCAAAUCCAUGAUAUGGAUAUUUUGUGAUAUGAAUCUACAAAUUAAGCAUAGCGUUUAUACACGUGUAAUAAUACAAAUCAAUAGUAGUCUGAAGAGAGUAAACCAUUGCUGGAAGAUUUACUAUGGUUGGUCGAUUUAAAGAUACCGUCUCACUUGUCAAAAAAACAUCUUUUAGUUGAGAAGUCUAUUUUAAUUGUGUCAACUAUAAAAUAUGAUAUUGCUUUCAAAAAAGAAAAAAAAACAUAAAAUAUGAUGAUUCAAUUUUAAAUUAUUUUUCAAAAACAUAUGCGUCUAUACGAAGUCAGACAUGCUAAGCGAUAUGAUUAUCAAAUGUUCUUCGUUUCUAAUAAAUAUACACGUUAGUCACUCAGAUUACAAGAAAAAGUGUGUGAAAUCACGCAAGUAAAUAAACUCAAAACCCGUGAUCCUCUUGGACGUGUCAUAAUGUGAGAAGCCAUGCAGAGGAACUUAUAUAAAAACAUUAUUUUAUUUCCCUGUACAAAAAUCUCUUCGUAGUAAGCAACCUACAUGAAUAUGAUUGGAUAAUAUAAGGUUGAGGAAGAUCUGGAUCUAGUAACCUACCGAGACAACUUUAUGACUGUCGAUACUUUUAAAUUUAAAUAUAAUAAAAAUGUGUAUUGAUAAUGUGGCGCAACCAGAGACACCACAAACGAUGACUCAUCAGGCUUUACUCUGUGGCCAAAUAAUUUGACCAAUAUAAUAACCCGACAGCUCAGAAAGUCACAGAUUUGCCAGUGAUAAUCGGACCAAUAAAAUUUAACAAUUCAAUUAUUGUUGGUUGUAUAAAUAUGCAUGUGUACAUCGAGUUGAAUAAAUCAGAUCGAUCAAAGAAAGGAAAAAAAAAACUCAAAACACCUUUACUAAAAAAAAAACACAAAAAAGGAGAGGAAAAAAA